UUUGUUUGCCAACACAUCGUUUCCAAUUUUAUUUCAUAUUGGAAUUUAUUAGCAAUAGCAUUUAAAUUUGCCGUGUUAAUAGAGGCCUAGCCGAUCUACGGUUAUAUUCUAAUUUGAACAUAUAUGUUUCAAAUCCUGAUAACUGAUACGAGAUAAUUGGCUACAAUUUAUUUAUACGAUACACUGCAUUGAUAUUUGGCAACAGUGCGGUGUAAUUUUUGACGUAAUAAGAUAAGUGAAUUGUUUAUCGCGAUUUUCAAGAAGCGACGACGCGGAUGGAGGCGAAGUUGAAAGAAUAUCGAGCCCUUAGACAUCGUAAAUGGCUCGAAGAAAAUGAAAAAGCCAAAGCUAAAGAGGAACCCGAAAAAUCUUUUUUGAAUUUCCUUUUGUCCAAAAACUCUAUUAAAAUGGACGAUGAAAAAAAAGAAGAUGAAGUCCCUUUGGUGGAAAAUGAAGAAAAACCAACGACAAGCCGAGUGUUUAUACAGCCAGAUGAAAGUCCAUCAGGAGGGAGAACAUUAGAACCAAUUAAUAACUCAACAGAAGAAUCAUGGAAAUACUGCAUCACAAAGUGGUCUAUAUACUUUAUUAUAUGGCUCACUGUGUACAUAAUAUUUCUUAAACUGCAGUUCGGUGCUGUUUAUUUUGUGGUAUCAUUAUUAAUUGGAAUAUAUUUGAAUACAAGAACAGGACCUAAGAAAGAAGGUGAAGUAUCAGCGUACAGCGUAUUUAACGAGAACUGUGCCAGUAUUGAUGGUACACUGAGUGCAGACCAAAUAGUUAGAGAGUUAACAUUUGGACCAGGUAAUUUGCAGUAAUAAUUAAAAAUCGCCACAAAUGUCUAAUAUUGUUUUCAUUAUAAAUUAGUGCUAGAUCCCACAUGUUAAACAGAUGUGGU